AUGCAGACGCUCAGCUCGCUCGGAGAUGCCUCGAGCAGGUUGACGCUGGCACCGGCCUCGAAGAAGCCGGAGCUCCACAAACCCGAGACCUAUCCUUGGACAGGUGCCUGGGGCGGCCCCGACCGCGACUGGACGCCAGCGCCGCCAACCGGCCCUCGCCUGCGGAUUUGCCGGCCUCGUGCAGCGCAACGUUUGGCGAGGACCCAGAAGGCCGAGGAAGUCCUGCACCGACCUCGCCUCUCCAGAGAACUCGAAGAAAGCCUGGCAGAUUUGUCCAGUGCGCUCCGAGAUUCUAGAGGUUUGCGAGUCUUGAGGUGUCCAGCUGCAGAAGGCCUGUCUCGACGGGGCAGACUUGCUGGAAGCUGUGCCAGGAGUGCUGACCCUAGUCGGUCUGCCUUCGUGCGUGCUCGGCUGGUCAAGACCGAUCUUGGUCAAAGCAGCCUGGUGCAGGCUAGCCUAGAAGGUGGUGACUUGUUGCUCGCCAAUCUGGAGGGAAAAAAAAUGGAAGAGGUCUCACCACGCGAUGCCUGCAGUGUCAAGAAAGGCCAAGCUGCAACGAGCUAA